AUGAACGGCCAUUUUGCCGCAGUCGGCGAUGCGCCCACCAAGGCGCAAUAUGACCAUGGCGUUCAAGUCAUUGACGAAGAUAAAGAGUUCAACUCUAACCUGACUUCAUACUUACAAGCCACCGAGGUUGCCGACGCCGGCUUCAACUACCACCUGAUUUCUGUUUUCGGCUCCCAGUCGACCGGAAAGUCCACCCUACUAAAUAACCUCUUCGGAACCAGCUUCAAUGUCAUGUCCGAGACGGAGCGCCGUCAGACUACCAAGGGAAUAUGGAUGUCCAAAAAUAAGACGGCCUCUAUGACUGACAACAUCCUCGUCAUGGAUGUUGAGGGUACCGAUGGACGCGAGCGAGGCGAGGACCAGGACUUUGAGAGAAAGAGCGCACUGUUUGCUCUGGCGACCAGCGAGGUCCUAAUCGUUAACAUCUGGGAACACCAGGUUGGUCUAUACCAGGGUGCUAACAUGGGCCUCCUGAAGACUGUGUUCGAGGUCAAUCUACAGCUAUUCCUUAAGGACAGACAGUCCACUCCAAGGUCCCUAUUAUUCUUUGUGAUUCGUGAUCACAUCGGUAACACACCGCUAGCCAACCUUCGAAAUACGCUAAUCCAAGAUCUUACGAAAAUCUGGUCAUCUAUAGCGAAGCCACAGGGCCUAGAAAAAGCCCGCAUUGAAGAUUAUUUUGAUUUUGCUUUUGCUGCCCUACCGCAUAAGAUCCUACAGCCAGAUAAGUUCACCGACGAGGUGAAGAAAUUGGGUAAACGGUUCGUUCCUGGGAGCCGUAAUUCAAAAACGCAACUAGAGCAUGGAGAACAAGAACUCGACGGGGGCGUUUUCCUGGCUGAGUAUCAUCGGAGAAUUCCGGCCGAUGGUUUCUCUGUAUACGCCGAAGGUGUUUGGGACCAGAUUGUCAACAACAAAGAUCUCGAUCUCCCCACACAGCAGGAACUUCUUGCGCAAUUCCGUUGCGAUGAGAUCUCUCGAGAGGUUUUGGUCUCAUUUGAUGCUGCUAUCGUCCCGCUUGAGGAACAACAAGCCGAAGCUUCUCGCAUUGGUAAGCCACUUGUGUUGGCAGACCUCGGCGGGACCGGAAAACAAACUAGGGAAAAAUGCGUCAAGGCGUUUGAAACGCAAGCUAGUAGAUAUCACAAGGCGGUUUAUGCUCGUAAACGCACGGAACUUGAAGGCAAGAUCGAUCAACGACUAAAAGCCCUAUACCAGGGUCAGCUCACGGCAGCACACAAGUCCGGUGUAUCCUCUUUUAGCGAUGCUGUCUCUGGUGCUGUAAAAAUUGGCCAAAAAUCAGGAGCGGCCUACGAGUUUGCAGAGAUUGUCGCUACCGAAAAGAAGAAGUGUUUGAGUCAAUUCAAGACCGAGGUUCAGAAUCUGGCUAUUCCCGGUGUUGCGUGGACCAACUUUGACCCACAGCUUGCUCUUUUCGAAAAGGAACUUGAUGAAGUUAGUGCCCGCUUGCGCAAAGAAGAGAUGCGGAGACUUGCUACACGUGUUGAACGAUGGGUCAAGUCACGGUUGGGCGAUGCCGUAGGUCUUGAAUUCAACAAGCUUGGAUCAGGGAGAGGCGGAUCCGGUGCGCCAGAGGAAGGUGAAAACCCGCCUACAGAGAAAGAUUUGUGGGAUCGCAUUUGGAAUGUCUUUAUCUCCAUCGUCAAAGAAGCUGAAACUCGCUUCACCGAUCGAGCAAGGAGCUUUGAGGCAAGUGAGGCCGAAGUCGAGGUUGGACUUUGGCGCCUUAGACGCAAAAGUUGGGUUGCUUUGAGGGAAAAGGUCGACGAAGAAGUUAUGGAGGGAAACAUUCUGCUCAAGCUCCGCGAGAAUUUCGAGGAUAAGUUCAGAUACGAUGAAGCUGGAGUCCCACGGAUAUGGCGACCUGCCGAUGACAUUGAGGGUAUCUACACCCGGGCACGGGAGUCAACUCUUACUCUCAUUCCCCUUCUCUCCAGAUUCCGACUCUCUACUACCUAUGCCCCACCGGAUCUGCCUGCCUUUGUCGGUCAUCAGCCUCCUGGGGUGGAGCCUGAAGAUGAAGAUGACUUAGCUCCUAUUGGCGGCAUUGAUGAAGAGGACGGCAAGAGUCUCGAAGAAGAAAUGACGGUUUUGAGCGAAGGCAAGCGACAAGAUCUAGUGGUGCGGUUCAAGAAGAUGGCCGAUGGUGUAUACGUCGAGGCUAAACGAAGUGCUAUUGGCGGAAUUACUCAAGUGCCAUUGUAUUUCUAUGGCGUAUUGCUAGCGCUGGGUUGGAACGAGUUAUUGACCGUCCUACGCAACCCCAUUCUCUUCUUGCUCCUUAUCAUCAUAGCUGGAGGAACCUAUGUCGCCUACAACUUGAAUUUGCUGGGCCCAAUGAUGCAGAUGAGCAGCGCGGCUUGGAACCAAGCUAUCGAAAUUGGAAAGCAGCGACUUCGGGAGUUUCUGGAGAACAAUGAGACGGCUCGUCAGGCUAUCGCCAUGCCCGCUCGGGAAAACAGCUCAAUCAGUCUGGACACCCUGGAUAGCCGUGGCAAGAAGGCCCGCCCGGCUGCGAAUGAUGAUGAUGACGAUUUCUAA